AUGUUUCCUCUGAAACUCGCUGUGUUUUUCACAGCACUGUGUUUGUCUGUCUUCUCCAACCUUGUUUUCAUCAAGGAGAUCUCUGGAGACGCCACACCUGCUUCUCCUAGUGCUAAUUGCGUCACUUGCACUACAUGUCAGUACCCAUGUCCUCCCGCAGGAGGGGACCCCUUAUAUCCCCCACCUCCACCAUCACAAACCGGAGAGUACCAGCCACCGCCACCGCCUCAACAGCCUAGUCAUCAAGGAAAAUGUCCCCCAGGUCAGUAUCAGUGUUGCCAAUACCCUCAGGGAUACUCCCCUCCGGGCCCGAUUCCUCAGUACCUCACCCCUCCAGGGACCUUUGGAGGAGGAGGAGGAGGAGGAUAUGUGCCUUACCCUUACAAUUCGGCUUCUUCGUCUCCUUUGUCAGUCUUGCUUUCAGUACUUGUGAUGGUGCUGUUCUCAGCUGCUGUUAUCUUUUAA